UUGGAGCGUUGGGAUGGCCGGACGACGACCUCAUUACUUCAUUGCUUGUCGCGACAACGAGUCGCGUGUUGCAUGCCUUGCGCCAUGGCGGGCAACCCUUGUGAUCCGUUGUGGUACCAAGAGGGGCGCAGCUGUCCACAUGGGAUUCAUGUGCUUUUGCCCUUCUCCACCUUCACCUUGCCAUUUCACCCGCAGCCCAUAGACUGGUGCGCGGCAGUCUUCUGCACGCUGCCCUUUGACUGGACGCUCUUGUGGCUGCUCUUAAUGCUCCGCACUCCCCGCGGCUUGCGGGAGCUCUCCCUGACUGCGCUGCUUUUGCUGGACGACGUGGCGAUCCUUGUCCUGCAAGCUGCCUUGCAAGAACCGCGGCCCGCGGAGAGCUGUUUGCCUUCUUGCGGCUUGCCAAGCGGCCAUGCAGUGAUUUGCAUCUCUUUGACGUGUUGGCUCUCCUGCGAACUUGUCGCACGCCAGAAAGGCCUGAGACGCUGGGGGGGCGUCCUUCUGGUGGUGGCGAUCCACGUGCCGGUGACCUGGGCCAAGGUUCACUUGAUGGAUCACACCCCACUCCAGGUCUUCUCGGGCGCCGUUUUGGGAGCAAUCUUGGGCUUUGGCCAUUUCGCGCUGUUGCAGAGGUGCUACCCCCACCUGUCCUCUUCUGCCUGGUUGGUGGACAACUAUGGAGCCAAGGCAUCUGGGCCGGAUGGCUACCGGUCGUUGAGCCCAGAGGGCUGAGG